ACUCUGUAAUACCAUUUCCAGUUGAAGAACGUUUUUCAUCGGCUAAAGAUGGCUCACCUAAUACGACACAAGCUCACCAACAAGCUGACCAAUGCGGCCCACACGGUGUCCAACAAAUCUCAAGCCAAGGUCAGCGGGGUGUUCGCCCGACUUGGCUUCCAGGCCGCGACGGACGAGGAGGGCUUGGGUUUCGCCGAGUGCGAUGACUUGGAUUAUGACUACAGGCAAGGGAUGCAAAUGGAUGUCCUUCAGGGCGAGGAGGAAGGGGGGGACAUGGAGGGAGGGGGGGAGCUGGAGGGAGACAGCCACUACCAGAGGGACGGCACUGGCCGGAGGCCUUCGUCCCUGAAGCCAAGCGCCUCGCUGGACGCGGAUAAACCAAAAAUCACAACAUGGGAGGCCGGCUGGAACGUCACUAAUGCCAUUCAGGGCAUGUUCGUCCUCGGCCUGCCGUACGCCAUCCUCCACGGCGGCUACCUCGGUCUCUUCCUCAUUAUCUUCGCGGCUGUGGUGUGCUGCUACACCGGCAAAAUCCUCAUUGCGUGUCUAUACGAGGAGAACGAGGACGGCAUAUUAGUGCGCGUGAGGGACUCCUAUGUAGACAUCGCCAAUGCCUGCUGUGCGCCCCGGUUUCCAGCGCUGGGCGGGCACGUUGUGAACGUGGCUCAGAUCAUCGAGCUGGUCAUGACCUGUAUUCUGUAUGUAGUGGUCAGCGGCAACCUGAUGUACAACAGUUUCCCAGGGUUCCCUAUAUCUCAGAAAGCCUGGUCUGUGGUGGCCACGUUAGCGCUCCUGCCAUGCGCGUUCCUGAAGAACCUCAAGUCUGUGUCCAAGUUUAGCUUGCUCUGUACAAUUGCGCACUUCAUCAUCAAUGUUCUCGUGGUUGCCUACUGCCUCUCCAGGGCGCGAGAAUGGGCCUGGGAAAAGGUCAAGUUUUAUAUUGAUGUAAAGAAAUUCCCCAUUUCAAUCGGCAUCAUCGUGUUCAGCUACACCUCCCAGAUCUUCCUUCCCUCCCUAGAGGGAAACAUGCAGAAGCCUAGCGAAUUUCACUGCAUGAUGGAGUGGACACACAUCGCGGCCUGCGUCCUCAAAGGCCUCUUCGCCCUCGUGGCCUACUUGACUUGGGCAGACGCCACCAAAGAGGUCAUCACGGAUAACCUGCCUUCAACUAUCCGGGCUGUGGUGAACAUCUUCCUUGUUUCCAAGGCGUUGUUAUCCUACCCGCUGCCCUUCUUCGCUGCCGUCGAGGUUCUGGAGAAAUCACUGUUCCAGGAUGGCGGGAGGGGCUGCUUACCUGACUGCUACGGCCCUAACGGACAGUUGAAAUCGUGGGGUUUGGGCCUCCGAAUUGCCCUGGUGGUCUUCACCCUGCUUAUGGCCGUCUUUGUCCCCCACUUUGCCCUUCUCAUGGGUUUAACUGGGAGUCUGACGGGCGCUGGCCUGUGCUUCCUCCUGCCGAGCCUCUUCCACCUGAAGCUUCAGUGGAGGAAUCUCAUGUGGCACCAUGUCUUCUUCGACGUUGCCAUUUUUGUCAUUGGAGGCAUAUGCGCCAUAUCUGGCUUCAUUCACUCAAUUGAAGGGCUCAUAGAGGCGUUCAGGUACAAUAUCCAUGACUGACAGAUCCAGAGAUGACCUUUAUUGAAUGGAAAUGCCCUAAAAGGCCACACUCGACCUUGUCGAAACAUCACAUUGACCACUUGACAUAGAAGCUCAUGAGGAGGAUUAUUUGUGUGAAAUGUAGCCUACAUCUUUUUAUUUUGCCUUCGUGAUAAUGUGCAAUAAUAAACUCUACAAUCAUAGUGUAAAGUAGUGAAGUCAUACCAGAAAACAUGUUUUAAUAAAUGGACAGAAGCAACCUCUGCAUGAUUGGGGUGAUGAGAAAUAUGCAGGCAUUAACACACCUGUAGGCCUAGCAGUCUUCAUGCAAAGUUGACAAAGAUCCAGUGCAAUGUCCGCUACGGGUCUAACUGUGAGUGUGUUCGUGUUUAUAUCUGGGGAAUGAAAUAUGUGGAAAAAAACAAUGGUGUGAAUAUGUUAUAUGGUUUUGAGCUGCUAGAUAUAUCGUUUAUCCCACUUCAGAGAAAAUACAAGACAGAGGAACCCAUCAGAUCAGAUGGAGCUCUUUGGAUUGAAUAAACAACAAAUUACUGAUGUGUAGUCGUUUAAACAGAAAUCUUUUUCAGUUUGUUUUGUGUUUUGUUUUUUUUCCAGCUUAUGCCUAUAGUAGUCCUCGUUGGCUCGUUUGUUUUCUUGAUGUUCCAAGUGUCAUUCUGGAUGAAGUGAAUACAAAGUGCAAGCAAGUUGGUCCUAAUUGUGUAAUAUGAAACAUGUCUGUCGAUAAUAUUCUCUUCCUAUUGAACUUGUUAGUUGUGAUUUAAUGGAACUAAUUAUGGUGUGUGAGAUAAAGAGUAUUUGUUGAAU